UUCAUGGAGAGAGCAGAGGCUGCGAGGAAACGGCGGCGCGUAGCCGGGUAUGAUACAGGGGAAUCCUGGCAGCAGAUCAAGGCGCUAAAUUGCAAGGAUCUGGUCAAGCCCAACCAGGUGACCAUUGUUCCUUACAUGGACGCUCGUAAUCGAGGCUCUUUUCUUUUCGUGGGGUCACCGGACAUGGAUGAAUUGCUGUGGCACUGCCUGUCUCUCGAACCCGGGCAAGAGCUUGUUGUUGUCGGUCCCAAGGGCACCGGCAAAAGCUGCCGGUUAAGGGCAAUGGCUGCCGCGCUCUAUGCGCGUGGCCCGGAGAAGAGUGUGAUCGUUUGCGUGUGGAACUUGGAGAGUGCCAGCUCGCCGGCUGUGUUGCUGCGACGGCUGCUUGAUGGGCUACGCUUUGCAUACUCGGGCGCGGACGAGCACAAGCCGGUUCUCGAGGCUCUCGAGGCUCUUUGGAGGAUGGGCGUGAGCGUAGCGAGGCUUCAAGAGUUUCUCAGGGAGAGGGCAGCCGCUGGUGACGAUUUUACAUUCGUUGCUGACGGUGCCGAGGCUCUGGAUACUCGCGAUUACAGUGGCACCAAAAAAGUGGGCUCUAAGGAGCUGAAAGAUACCUUGUUGACGCUCGAAGCCAUCGUUUCUCCCUACAAAAUCGUGUGGGGCGCGUCCCCGGAAGCGCGCCAGGCAGAGGCCGCCGACUCGGAGCGAGUAGCGAUCUAUUGUGUCGGAGGUUUUACCAAGGAACAAAGGGAAGUCUUUCUUCUUCACUCCGUGCUGGGAGCCGUCGUAGCUGGUGAUGUGCAGCGGACCAAGGACAUGGAUUUCUUCGCUGGUUUCCAUCCCCAGUUUCUGGAUGAGCUGGAUGGGGCUUGCAUGGAGAUAGCUCGGAUCAAGCAGGCAGGCGGACGCAAAUCAAGGCUUUUGUGGGGGGACACCGUGAGACUUGCUCCACCGGUUGAGCUGGAGCCACAUGAAGUCUCUUUACUUUUGAAAGACGAGGAAGAUUGGCAGAGGGUGCUCCUGGAGUUUAUCAACGGACGAACAAUGUCUUUCGUCCGCAGAUCAGUCCAGCAAGUCGUGCGAAUGUUGGACAAUGCAGAAGCUAUAUGCAACUUCCACGGGAAAGCGCAAACGAUCGAUAAGGAUCCAAGGUACUCUGUAUCAGAGCACGAGUUCUGCUCGUGUUUCGUGGAGCAGAUCUACAUGGAGGAGUUUCGAAAGGCCCAAAGCUGUCCUCAGCAGGAGCAUGCAGCAUGGUGGAAUAUAUUAAGAGGUAAUGACUGGCAAGCAAGACUAAAAGGCAAGAACUCCAGUGCAUGAUGGAGGAACGCAUUCGCUAGCAGAGCUUUUCAAGCUUGCUGCCAACUUUGGUAUUUUGGAAUAAAUAAAUCUUAAAUACUCAAUUAUGCUAUA